UAGCGGACCGAAUUAAUUGUUACUAUUACCCGCACCCGGCGCCGUCGCCGUCACCACCCACAUAUGCAUGCAGCCCACCCUCGUCCAUAUACGUAUAUAAGCAAGUAAGAAGUAUAUACAGAAGCGCCCCUUCAGCGCAAGCUGGAGGCAGGUUGAUUGAUAGGCCAAACCGAGCGCCCGCCCGCUCUCUCCCCGUACACGUGCACCGCGGCCAGCCUACAUAGCCCGACGCAGCAGCAAUCCUCAGACGCACGUAGGAGUAUGCACAUGAAUCGAAGAAGAAGAAGGGGAAAAAGAAGGGACGGAGAGAAAGAAGGCAAACACCCGUAUUACAUACACUGCUACUUACCUGGUCACGCAUGCGUUGCCACUCACUCGCGUCGCUGUUUUUCGUUCCGCCGGCCCUCGGCGUAUAUAUAUGCUGCGAGGGCGUGGCGGCUGGCGCCAUGCUAUGCUGUGCAACAAGACAAGCAGGGUCAGCGAAGAAGAAGGAAAGAAAGAGAGAAGAAAGGAUUAUGAAUGAGCUGCUGCAACGACGGCGCCGUGAGCUGGGCAGUAGGUAGGUGGGUAAGUACCUGGGUAGGUAGCAGUGGCAGCUCUGCCGAGCGACCACGCACCCCAGCACCACAC